AAGGCGGGCGGUCGCGGCGGGACGGCUGCCCCGGGUCGGCGGGGCCUGCCGGGAGCAUGGCUGCCCGGGAGGCGGGAGGCGUCGUGCUGGGCAAGUCCGCCGAUAAGCUCUUCUCUCUGAGCGGGCUGUUCGCCGUGUACAAGCCCAAGGGGCCCACCUCGGCCGGCGUGCUCAACCUCCUGAAGGAGAGGCUGCUGGCAGAAGCUGGUGUGCAAACAAAUGGGAACAAAAGAAAUCAGGUUUUGAAAAUUGGACAUGGUGGAACUUUGGACAGUGCAGCAGCAGGAGUUCUGGUGGUUGGUAUUGGAAAAGGAACAAAAAUGCUGAGAACUAUGUUGGCAGGUUCCAAGAAGUACACUGCUAUUGGACUACUGGGCAAAGCUACUGAUACAUUAGAUGCUACAGGAAAAGUAACUGAAGAAAAACCUUAUGACCAGAUAACAAAAGGAGAUCUUGAAAAUGUGCUGCAAAAGUUCACAGGGGACAUAAUGCAGGUUCCUCCACUCUAUUCUGCUUUGAAGAAGGAUGGAGAAAGGCUAUCAACUCUGAUGAAGAGAGGAGAAGCAGUUGAGGCAAAGCCUGCUCGGCCAGUAAGAGUGUACAGCCUCUCUCUCCAACAGUUCCAGCCACCACUGUUCACACUGGAUGUUGAAUGUGGUGGUGGCUUUUAUGUCAGGAGCCUCGUCAGUGACAUUGGCAAAGAACUCUCUACCUGUGCCACUAUGCAAGAGCUGACCCGAACCAAACAUGGGCCAUUUACGCUAGAGGAGCAUGCCCUUUAUGAAGACAAAUGGACAAUUGAUGAAAUUGCACGAUCCUUAGAGCAUUGCACGUCUCUUCUCCCGGGAGAGCCAUCUCAUAAAAAAUUGAAGACAGAGCAUCCUGGUGAAACUGCUGUGAGCUGUGAAGAUAGUGAUAAGUGGGGUCAAGGAAAAAGACUGAAUGAUUGAGACAUUUUAAGAUUGGAUUGGGAUUGUGUUGCCUCCUGUGUAAAUUUAAAAGUCUGUACCAGGAGGGUGACAAACUGCAGUGCAAGAAAAAUGGUUCUUUUGUUUCUGGGUUUAGAACAUGUACUGAAAAUGUCCAGCGCUUGCUGUUUCCCGAUCUGUUUAUUUCCCUUGUUGCACACUGUAAAUGGGUCUGCCACUGAUGUCAAAUCUUCAUAAACUUUUAAAGAACUUGCAGGGUGCAAUAUAGCUUUUGUUACUAAUUCCUCAAUAAAAAAAAAACCAACAAACCUUAAGGGUUGCUAAA